AUGCCGGAUGUCAAGGAGAAAGUGCCCCCGAAGGAGCCUGGCGGUGCGGAGAGUGGAUUCUGUAAGCCCGCGACGUCGGAACAGACUCAGGAAGACAAGUGCAGCCCCGAGGAGCCCCCUUCCCGUAGUUUUUUUUCUGCCACAGGCUUGAAAGGCACGGUUAACAAUUCCAAACUAAGCAACGAGAUUGGGAUGAAUCACGAUUUCCACCUGGAAGAGAAGGCUUUGCCUCCAAGCAGUCUGGAAAACAAGGUCAAGGAGACAAUGCACAAUGCCUUUUGGGACCACCUCAAAGAGCAAUUAUCAGCUACUCCCCCUGACUUCAGUUGUGCUCUUGAACUCCUGAAAGAAAUUAAAGAGGUCUUGGUGUCACUGCUGCUACCACGCCAGAACCGCCUGAGGAGUGACAUUGAAGAAGCACUGGGUGUGGACCUCCUCAAGCAGGAAGCAGAAAAUGGAACACUGAAUGUUGCUCAUCUCUCUCAGUAUAUUCUCAACAUGAUGACUUUACUCUGUGCACCAGUUCGAGAUGAAGCAGUACAGAAACUGGAGAACAUUACAGACUCUGUUCGGUUACUGCGAGGGAUCUUCCAAGUUCUGGGCCAGAUGAAAAUGGACAUGGUGAAUUACACUAUUCAAAGCCUUCAACCCCAACUGCAGGAACAUUCCAUCCAGCAUGAACGGGCUAAAUUCCAGGAACGCCUCAACAAGCAACCUAGCCUCCUUGAUCACACCACCAAAUGGCUGACCCAAGCAGCAGCAGACCUCACUACGCUGCCUCCGACUUGCCCCGACACUCCUGACUCCUCCAAUGUUACAGGCGCUACUCCGAGUGAGACAAUUAAUAGCCCAGAGCCCCUCAGCCCUACGAUGGUGCUGUCCCAGGGCUUCCUGAACCUCCUGCUCUGGGAUCCUGAAAAUGAAGAGUUCCCUGAGACUCUGUUGAUGGACAGAACUCGGCUGCAGGAGCUGAAAUCCCAGUUACAGCAAUUAACCAUCCUAGCUUCCGUCUUGCUAGUGGCCAGUAGUUUCUCUGGCAAUGUUCUGUUUGGCUCACCUCAGUUUCUGGAUAAGCUGAAACGGAUAACCAAAGGCCUGACAGAGGAGUUUAACUCCAGGCCUGAGGAGGCUAUGCAGACUGUGAGUGAACAGGUGUCUCAGGAAAUCCAUCGAAGCCUCAAGAACAUGGGCCUGACUGCCCUGAGCAGUGACAACGCGGCGGCUCUGACCGGGCAGCUCCAGAACAUUGCCAAGAAAGAGAACUGUGUCCGCAGCGUCAUCGAUCAGCGGAUCCAUUUGUUUCUCAAAUGCUGUUUGGUGCUUGGCGUGCAACGAUCUCUACUGGACCUCCCCGGGGGCCUUACUGUCAUUGAGGCUGAACUGGCAGAACUGGGUCAAAAGUUUGUCAACCUCACGCAUCACAAUCAGCAGGUGUUUGGCCCGUACUACACUGAGAUCAUAAAAAAACUCAUCGGCCCAGCCCAGGCCCUAGAAACAAAAGUGGAGUGUCUAUGAUAACACCAGCUCUGGGCCCUGGCAUCUUGGACCCAGGAGAACAACCCAUCAUCUUCCUGGGAUGACAUCACCAGCGACCAGCAGA